AUGCGUUUCGGGAUCCCCGCCCUUGUCAGCAUUGGCCUUGUCAGCGCUGGUGUCGCCGAGCACGUCAAGAGAGAGGAUAGCUGGGGUGGCAGUGUUUCUCUUGGUCCCUCCAAGUCGACGAUUGUCAACGCCGUCACUACUAUUAUCCCUGGUGCUGCUCCUUCCACUCAAAACGGCGAGCUGUUCUUGUGGCCUGGCAUGUCCAAUGGAACCGGCGACCUCGUCCAGACCACCCUCGAGAGCUGGCCCAGCAACUCCUGGUGUGGAGCCACUACCGGCCAGUGGUGUGUGCGCGCCAGUGUCUUCGGAAGCUUUGGCCAGCUUGAUGGUGCUGGAGCCGCUGUCAGUGGCGACGACCACGUCCGUAUCGAGUACAACCUGGAGUCUGACGGACAGACCUGGAAGCAGACCGUCACUAACGCUGUGACCGGCGCUCUUCUCUCCACUUACUCUCGUGCCUCCGGACCCUAUAUGACUGGAUACGGUACUGGUACUGAGUGCGAUGGCGGAUGCUCUGGUACUAUUGCUGCUCAGAAGUACCUGAACACUACUAUUACCCUUGCUGGGGCUGAUGCCACAUUCGGUAACACCAUUGCUAAGGCUGGUGGCGCUACUUACACUGGACUCGGCUCCAGCCAGGGUGGUAAGGUCUGGACUAUUACUCAAAUUGAUAUCCCUGCCAUGGAGUAA